AUGGUGACUUCAUCAAGAAGGUCUAGUAGCCGAAAAUCGACUUCGAUUUACUCUCGACCUAAAGUUUAUGAUCCUAGUUCUGAUGUAAGCGAUCUAGAGUCUGAUGACUUAGAAGAGGAAACCAUUAAAACUGAAGAGGCCUAUCAAAGUGAUGAAGAAAUGGACGGAUUGGAAGACUUAUUACAAGAAGAGGAGGAAGAGGAGGAAAUCGAGAUAGGGCGGGAGGAAGAAGAAAACGAACAGAUUGAGGGUGACGUCGAAGAGAUGGACGACGGAGAUGCGACACCUAUUGACGAUGAUGAGUUUGACAAUGAAGAGAGUGAGGAAGAAGAGCAAAGUGAUUAUGAAGAAGUUCAAUCACGAAGAAGUAGAAUGACACAAAAAAAUCCAACACCGAAGCCGGCUUCAAGGUCAAAACAAAAAGAAUAUCCAGCUAGCGAUAAUUUAAAAAAGAAAAGUAUGCGUUCAGACCUUUUGAUCGACAAGAGUCACACGGCAGAAUCAUCAUCCAAUUCAGAGAAUCGUAUUCUCACCAAGCGACAAAGGGCCAAGCUCAACGAAAAUUAUGAACAAGAUUUACUUCAACUUCCGAUGGAGCCAAUGAGAAAAAAACAUUUGACAGAAGAAGAGAUUCAACUUAGAAAAUCGGAAAUUGCGCGACGUAGAAAAAAUCAGAGUAUUCAACGCGCAGAACAGGAUAAAAUGGAUACCAUAAAUCGCCUCCUGAAAAAACAAGCUACUAAAAAACGAUCAAAGGACCUGGAUGAUAAUGAUAGUGUUCAUAAUAAUGAUGGCGGAUCAAGUGCAAGUAUACCAAAUGUAUUUCACUAUGUGACCAAUCAAGAAGGUUGCUCAUUAUCAGUACCUCGAGGUGUUAAGAUACCAAUAGAAUUUUCGAAGGGACCAAA